UUUACAGUUUACACUUUACACAGAGCUUUAUAAGUUUACCGCGUUCUAAAUUGUAAUAUUGUGUUUAUAAUAAUAAUAACGAUAUUAGUCCUAUUUGUUAAAUUUUUAAAAUUGUUCUACUAAAAUACUAAUCCACUGUUUGUAGACACAUUUUUUCAAUAAACACAUGACAUUUUACUUGUUAAGCCAUGGCAGACACACAGGCCAACAGCACUCUCGGCGAUCUCUUGGAAAGUAUAAGUGAUUAUGAUCUUAACAAGAGGACCUAUGCUGCAAUACUUAAACACUUAGAAGCAGAAAAUCGACUUAAGUCAUCAGAAGUUGAAAAAUUAUUAACACUCUGCCUACAUGAAUACAGCAAAAAAAAUACAUUUGCCAUUUCGAGCUUAAAAAUCUUAUUAAGUAUUUUAAAAAAAGAAGACAAGGAACACAACAAUUCAUCAGGAUUUGUUGCAUUAUUAGUAGCAGUCUUGAAUAAUCUCAAAACAAAUGCCAGUGUUGUUAAAAUUUGUGCUUUAAAAGCAUUAUGUUUUGAAAUUGUUUUAUCAUUUCCUGAUAAAUGUUUGAUAACGGCAGUAGAUGAAUAUGCCGAUGAAUUUUAUACCAUUAUUGAUAAAUAUUUCCACGAAUCAUCGGUUGAAGUAGUAGAACAAAUUCUAAUUUUAACAUUGAAACUGUUAACAAUUUUGCCUGCUGACAAAAAGAGCAAAUUUAUUAGAGGUGGGAUAAAUACCUGGUUUUCGAGCCUCAUACCGACUAUUUUUAACAUAGCAAAAGAAAAUAGUUCUGGAUUAAAUGCAGCACUGGAGUUAUUAGGGGUUUUAUCAAAAGAACUUUCAACAGAACCAAACGACUACGUUGGAAAUAUAAAUUUUGAGAGUUUCCUCUCAAAGAUACCUUCAGAGUAUGCGCCAAUAAUCCUAAAUCUAUUAAAAGAAGAUCAAUAUCAUUGGGCUCCACUGUGGAUCGCUACUGUAAAUCUGUUGAAAUUCAACAUAACGGCUUCCACCCUCAAUUCCUUGUUACAAGUGGAAGAAAUCGCUUUCAAAAACGAUCCCAAGAACAGAUGCUUGGCGUUCGAGUGCUGGAGAUUUUUUAUUGAUAAUUUUACUUCACAUAGUGGAAGAAUUUUAAACAGAAGGACUAAGCUCCUCGCGGUCCCGCUUCUCUCUUUCAACGCCAAGGUCGAGGAAACCGCUUUUGCAAAACUCGGCACUUGGUGGCAUUUCAUGAUCAGGCUGUGCGGCAAAUGUGACAUUUUAUCCGAUUACAUUCAGCCAUUUCUAACGUUCUGCUUCGGAUCUCCGCCGCCGUCGAACCGAAAUGCGGCUCCGGGAAUGAUGUCGAGUCGCACUAGGAAUCUGGGCCUCCAAGCUUUUGCAAAUAUUCUCGGACACCACGAUUGCCACUGCUCCGGGGAACUGGAGAGACCGAAGACCGCAAUCGUCGCGGGAGAGCAUUUAGUCAAAGAUAACAAAAAUUGGUUACAUCACUUCGGUGUCGCGUUAGACAUUUGCGUGGAAUGGGAAUCGGAACGAGCGAACGGGUAUUUAAAAUGUGCUUGGAAAUCAUUAUUACUCAAAACGUGUGACCUCCCGAGCGAAACGUCGAGAAGAAAAAUGUUCGGUGAACUGUUAGAGGUUUUAGAAAAAUCCCUUCAGAAAUGCUGCUUCAACACUUCCAAAAUAACAAUCGACGAAUUGAUUCCCGCUCUCUUCGAGCUCGACAAGGAGACGACGACGGCGCUCGUGGAGAGCGAGGGUCUCGUCUUCCGCAGGAUACAAGCCAUCUUGGCGGAUUCUUGCAAUAACAAUUUUUAUUUAAGUUGCGAUAUCGACAAAACGACGAAAAAGGUAGCAGCGUUCACGGAUUACGCCUUGGAGAACGGCAGAAGCGUGGGCUUGGACAAUUUACUGGAAUCGCUUCCGAGUUCGGAAUCGGGAGUGCUCUUGUGGAGCUGCUACGUGGAAUCCACGAUGAAAUAUAAAUAUUUUUCCAACUCUCGAUGGAUCGUCGCCCUCGUGAUGUGGCCGAUCGAGCAAAAUAUUAUUUCAAACACAGAAAAAUAUUCAGCGACUUGGAUCAGCUUUUAUGAUCUUCUGGACGAGGGAAACGUAAAAAACGAAUCGAGCGCGAAGAUAACUCACUCGGUUAACGAUAGACUGUCGUCGUUCCUGUCGGGAAACAGAUCGGUGAACACGCCCUUGAGGCUGACGAGUGUCGUCUCCUUGAUCAAGCAGGAUAUCAAGGAGAGAGGAGCGAGCGCUCGGAAACCGGAGCAUUUGAAAAUUCUGUCGAAGCAGAUCGACGACGUACUCAUCGGUCCCACCGUUUAUUGGCAUUUGCUCGACUGUUUGAAGUCGCUCCUCGACGCUUUCGUGCUUCACAAAGACGUCGUCGACGUCAAAAAGUUGCUGCUCGUCGCGAACACCGCUCUGAAGGUGACGCCGAAAGUGCUGUCGACCCUCGAGGCCGGAGAUACCGAUUCACUUCAUCGUGUGGAAUAUUUUUUGAAGAGUAUUCACGAUUUAAUAAAAAUAGACGAAUACUCGAAAUCGAGCGUCAUCAUCGCGGAAGGAAUGAAACGGCUCGCGGCCCAUCUGCCGGGUCGGCCGUCGGCGCUGUCGAAUCCCGUGAAACUAAUAUUUUCUUCGUUGAUUUCACACGAAGACAGAGAGAUCGAGAGUCUCGCGAGGAAGAUGUCGCCGGAGGUCGACGCCAAAGAGACGAACGGAAAGUCGACGCCCUCCAGAAACAGCAAAAAGAGUGUCAACAUUGUGAAAACGGUGGUCGAAAACGGAGAAGAAUUUGUCCAAAUCGAAAGUAAUUGGAAAUUUAAUCCGAAAAAAUUAACGGAACAUCAGAAGGAAAAAUUGCAAAGUAAGCGAGAAGAUAUUCCGGCGCUGUAUCAAGAUUUGUCUCAGUCGCAAGACGAGAUCAAACUGAGGACGUGGAAAACCGACACGACCGAAACGACGUCUUCCAGCAAAUCCUUCGGUUCCUGCGCCGCCGUAGACCGAGCCCUAUUCGACGUCACGCGGAGCCCUGAGGCCGUUCCCGAAGUGAUAAAAACGAAGGACUUACAGUCGUCCGCGUCUAAAAAUUCGGACAUCUCUAAUGUGACCCCGAAGAUCAAACCCUCUCCACGAAUACUCCUCAAAGAUCGCGUGACUCGAAACGUGAAGAACUUAGCGGAAAAAUCGUUUAUGAGCAAAGACAGCGUCAGUGAACUGUUGGUGGUCUGUGAUAAGUUGCCGUCUAUUUUGCCCGCCGAGGCGAAACUCAACUCUGAGAACGCGCCCAACUCUGCCGCGUCGGAGGCCGGCUCGACGAAAGAGAAAAUCUGCUCCAUCAACAACCAUCGCGUGACUCGAAACGUGAAGAACUUAGCGGAAAAAUCGUUUUUGAGCAAAGACAACGUCAGUGAACUGUUGGUGGUCUGUGAUAAGUUGCCGUCCAUUUUGCCCGCCGACGCGAAACUCAACUCUGAGAACGCGCCCAACUCUGCCGCGUCUGUGGCCGGCUCGACGAAAGAGAAAAUCAACAACCAUCGCGUGACUCGAAACGUGAAGAACUUAGCGGAAAAAUCGUUUUUGAGCAAAGACAGCGUCAGUGAACUGUUGGUGGUCUGUGAUAAGUUGCCGUCCAUUUUGCCCGCCGACGCGAAACUCAACUCCGAGAACGCGCCCAACUCUGCCGCGUCGGUGGCCGGCUCGACGAAAGAGAAAAUCUGCUCCAACAACAACGUCGCCGAGUCCGCGACGCCUUUGCCUAUCGCGGCCGAACGGCCCUCACGUAAAAGAAAGCCGCCAAAUAAAUAUAUCGAUUCGAAUAUUUUUGGAUACAAACGAAGAUCAAAUCAAAACACUAAUUCCGCCGUCGAUACGAUACUGAAUUCUUACCCUUUGCGAAAAAACUCCGACGACAGUUUAACAUUGGCAGACGGAGCUUCACGUCUCACCGAUAACGACUCGCCUCUCGAAACCGAGGACGCGCCCCACGGAGACCAGAACGAGGUCGCCACUCCGAAAACUGUAAACCGGCAAAAGGCAAAGGAAAGCGGCACAAAGCCGUUUAAAAGAAGUGGCUCAAAGGAAUCACGCAUUAAAAAACUUUUGGCUAUAGAUAUGGUGAAACCGACGCUUCCGAUCGUACGAAUCGAUAACGGUAGUUACGCCACGAGGAACAAAUCCAAAAUGACCCCGGCCGCUGAGGAACGUCGGCCGGCCCCGGACUCCGCGUCCCAAGACAUCAUCGAGAGCUCGCAAGACUCGUCGGUCACGGCGGUGUCGGUCGUCUCCACGAAAAACGGCACGAACAGAGCGUCGGUGUCUUCUCAUAACGAAGAUAAAUAUAUUUCGGAUUUCCGGGACAACUUCGAAGACCCCUCGUCGCCGAGCGACGUGUGCGAUAGCGUUUUACCCGAAAACGAUACCGUACUUCGACCCAACCUUACGGCGGAAGAAGCGGACUCCGAGGUCUUCGACGCGCAGACCGAUGUAACGGAAGCGUUAGACACGGAACCCACGAAUACGCAGUAUCGUGCACAAAUUGAGGACGAAUGUGAAUUGACCUCCGAAACUAAUCUCUGUUUAGAAUCGAGUACGCAGAGUACUGCAGAUGCCGACACUAUACCCGUAAAUUUUACUAUUGACAUAAUCAAAGAGGAAGUUAUCGAUUCUAAAGCAAACGAAUUUACGAAACUGUGCCCGACGAAUUCCACGAAACGCGUCGAAGAAGUCUCGAACGCUGCUUUCGUGUCUUCCGUCGACGCACGACCGACGGUGGAGUCGACCGAACCGACCGAGAGACGAGACGAGGCCUCUUCUCCCCUCAGAGACGACGAGCGGAGGAGAAGGGACUUUCUCGACGACACUUUAGAAAUAUCUCCGAUCAGGACGAUGAGUCCUCUGAUGCGCGAGAGGACGCCUUCGCCGGAGACGAGCGGCGACUACGUCGUCGUAAAUCUCACGUCUUCGGUCCUGCUCAACGGAGAACCGGCGGAUCCGGUCGAUUCCCCUGAAGUUUUCACGGAGGACAAUACGGACGCGAGGGAUCCGUCGCCUCCCAGAGGAGAGCCGGCCGGGAGCGAGGGCCGCUCCGGCUCGGGACCGAAUCCGAAGAGGAAGCCGCGAGUGCGGCCGGCCGGAAGGGCGGCGCAAAUGCUGGGCCUCUGCGUCCACAACGGAGACGGACUCCCGCCGGACGAGACGUCGAGGUCGACGAUCAGGAAUCUCAAGAGGUCCGCGGACGUCGGCAGCUCGGACGAGGCCGACGACGGCGAACCCUUCCUGCGGCUGGGCCGCGUCUUGCCCGCCGUCGACAGCAGCCCCUGCGGCCCCAUUCUCAAGAGGAAGCACGCCGUCAUCGCCGAGGACUCCGCGCCCUCCCCCGCCGGCAAGAGAAAACGAGUGAGCUUCCACGAUCCCCCGGUGUCCACGUCGGUCUGCGUGAAGAAGUACAUCGACCCCUGCGCGCUCCGCUCCCCUCAGAGCUCCGCGCCCCGACGACCGGACAGACCGGACGGGUCGCUCCUCCGCCCCCUCGGCCAGACCUCCAAGUCUCAGAGGCGGCUCGACAAGAUUCUCGCCAAAACCGUCGAGAGCAUCCUCGCGGGCUCGACCGACGUCCCGGACUCGCUUUCGGGUCGGACGCCGCCCGCCGGAGUCCCGGACCCGAGCGACCUCGACGACCGCGACCCUACAUCGCGCCGAUUGACCGAAUUCGAAGACCCCGUCGAGAACGUAGCCUCGCCGCCUCGUCCGUCGGUCGAAACUUUCGAGGGGACGGUCGCGGUCGGCGAACUCGUCCCUCCGACGGAGGUCGAGGGCGUCGAGAGCCCGCCUCGGCCCCUUCCGGAAGCAGAUCACCGAAAGGCCGACGCGGGAGUGCAGAGCGACGCCCCCGAGGUCUCCUCGGUUUCCUCCCAGACUGACGAAGAGCACCGCUCGGAGCGAACGGGCGGGGCUCGCAUAAGAGACAGCGACGUGGCCGAAUACUUGAGUGCGAAUCCCAAUGUGGCGAUGGCCUUGGACGAGAGAGGCCUGGAGGCCUUGAGCGCGGCCUUCGUCGGGCGAUUGCUGCGAGACGAAGGCAAAAUGGCAGAGUUCGUGGUCACUUUGCUUCGGGAAAGGUUCGAGACGAAAGACGCCAUCGCCUAUUGGUGUGAUAUCCUGAAGACGAUCACCGACAGCCCCUAGUCGUUCUUUUCGGAUGGUUUCGACCGAUUUAAUUAUUUCGCAAUCGAGAUGUGUCUAGCCAUAAAGAUGGCUACAAUAAAACGAAUAUUAAACUUUUAAAUUUUAAUAUUAAAAUAAUAUAUUUACAGUUUUCAGUCGUCGGUCGACGCCCCGACGCCGUUUAGGUUUAGACGUUUGGAAACAGUUGGGAACAGUAUAUAAUAAAAUGCAGGGAAUUUUAUGACUUAGCUCGUUUCGGUGCCUUAACACUGUACGAUCAAAGGUACAUGGCAUCGAAAUUUAUCACAAAAUAAAAAUAUAUUUACAAAAUCGACAUUACGAUAUAUUACGAUAGACCCACCGAGACAUGUAUUGUAAUAAUAAAUAGCAUCUGUAUUUUUUUAUGAAAAUAAUAUUGUAAAUAUUAAAAAAAUGUACACGCGACUUGACUUUCGUUCUGGAUUCAGCCAGCUCGCUUUUAGUUUAUGGUGUGCGAACGUGACCGAUAUUUUUAUAAGAUAGAUUAAGGAACAUAUUGACGAAAUAAAUUAUACAAUUGA